CUGUGCCCGCCUCGGGGGGGCAGAGCACACCACCUCUCAUCACCAGGAUCUAUUUCCUCCAUCUAUCUAUCCAACCUUCCAGCUAGAAAUAGCUCCUCUCGUAGAAGGGAUAGUGCUUUCUCUUUCCUCUCUCAAAAUACCAGAGAGGAUAAAGACACAAACUCCUGUAGAGACACAGAGACAAACAGAAACACACACACCCCAACAGCCGUCGCCAUGAACGGCACAGAGGGCCCAAACUUCUACGUGCCCAUGUCUAACAAGACAGGGGUGGUGAGGAGCCCCUUUGAGCACCCUCAGUACUACCUAGCUUCACCCUGGAAGUACUCGCUCCUCGCUGCCUACAUGAUCUUUCUCAUCAUCACAGCCUUCCCCGUCAACUUCCUUACGCUCUAUGUCACGGUGCAGCACAAGAAGCUACGGACCCCCUUGAACUACAUCCUGUUGAAUCUGGCUGUGGCUGACCUCUUCAUGGUGGUGGGGGGCUUCACCGUGACUCUCGCAACAGCCCUACAGGGCUACUUCUUCCUAGGGGUCACCGGCUGUAACGUUGAAGGAUUCUUUGCCACUAUGGGAGGGGAGAUCGCCCUUUGGUCUCUGGUGGUAUUGGCCAUCGAGCGCUAUAUCGUGGUGUGUAAACCAAUGUCCAACUUCCGCUUCAAUGAGAGGCACGCCAUUGUGGGCGUGGCCGUCACCUGGAUCAUGUCUCUCACCUGUGCUCUACCUCCAUUGUGUGGCUGGUCCAGGUACAUCCCAGAGGGCAUGCAGUGUUCCUGUGGGAUUGACUACUACACCCCGACGCCUGAGCUGGGAAACACCUCCUUUGUCAUCUACAUGUUCACCCUCCACUUCUCCAUCCCUCUGGUCAUCAUCGGCUUCUGCUACGGCCGUCUGCUCUGCACCGUCCGCGCGGCGGCAGCCCUGCAGCAGGAGUCCGAGACCACUCAGAGGGCAGAGAAGGAAGUGACCCGUAUGGUGAUCGUCAUGGUCAUCUCGUAUCUGGUGUGCUGGCUGCCCUAUGCCACCGUGGCCUGGUACAUCUUUGCCAAUCAGGGCACCAACUUUGGCCCUGUCAUGAUGACCAUCCCAGCCUUCUUUGCCAAGAGUGCUGCCCUCUACAACCCAAUAAUCUAUAUUCUACUCAACAGACAGUUCAGGAACUGCAUGUUGACCAUAGUGUGUUGCGGGAAGAACCCAUUCGGUGAGGAGGAGACCUCCACCGCCUCCUCCAAAACACAGGCCUCCUCCAUCUCCGCCAGCCAGGUGGCUCCUGCCUGACCUACGACCCAUAAACCCUGACUCCUUACCUGUCCCAGCCCAUCUGUGGACCCACCGCCAAGCAGCAGCCUCCGAUAGGCCAAUGUUCCUCGAUUUACCUCUGUCUGCACUGCAGGGGUGUGCCUGCUGUACCUGUACAUAUAUCCCUCAUUGUGACCUAAGCAUAACAAACCAAGAAACAGUGCUUAGUUGGCUUCAUCAAUCGUUUACUGGAGUUGGUAGAAGUUGCCUCAAACCACUGAUAAAGAGUCAGAUUAUUUUACUCCCCUUUUACAUUUACAUUUAAGUCAUUUAGCAGACGCUCUUAUCCAGAGCGACUUACAAAUUGGUGCAUUCACCUUUUAAUUAAAGGUUAUGGUUAGGAAUAGGGGUUGCAUUGUCUGAUACUAGGUCUGUGGUUAGGGCAUCUUGACUUCUACCUCAAGCACUUUUAGCAGCGCCACUGGGUGUCGUUUUGGUGGCUGUCCAACUAAACACGUUCCAUGGGCUCCCCUCCCAUUAAAACACAUACAAUCAUUUAGUGUUGAAGUGAAAACUUCAAAAUGCCACAAUAUAAAAAACAUAUGGCAACUUUUGUUUACAUAAUUAUUCAGCUUAUGCCCCUUAAAUACGCUUUAAAGUAUCUAUUUGUUAAAUUAAUACUUAGGGUAAAAUACGUUUUAAAUUUGUUUAGAUUGUGCCUACCAUAAAGCGUUGAGGAGAGCUCUCCCCUGGUUUCUGUGUCUUUCCCAUGAUGAGGCUGAAAACGGGUUAGUUCUUAACACUUGGCUCCGAAAAGGUAAUGAAUCUAAACAAAUGGACCUGCAUAGAACCUCUGCAGAAAGAAGACACCUCCUGAGAGUGUGUGUGUGUGCAUGAGUGUGUGCAUGCGUGUAUGUUUAAAAGCUCUGGAGACAGAACUAGUGUUAAAAAUGUAAAGAUUAGGCUGUUGUACGUGACGUGGAAAUAAAGUUGUUAAAUGUCUUGGAAUAAAAAUGACGAUAAAAAUAAUGAGACCUUUCUA